UUAGUGACAGACAUAGAAGAUGCGCUGCCGAAUUGUUCUCGCCUUUGGUCUAGUGGCUCUCGUUGCUACUGCCUACGCCGCAGGUUCGUCUCCAACGACGCCAACUUCGCCCUCUCCAACAUCUCCGACGACGCCGACCUCGCCCUCUCCAACAUCUCCAACGUCACCUACGACUCCAACAUCGCCAACCUCGCCAACCACACCCACUUCUCCGACUUCGCCCAGCACUCCCACUAGUCCUACCCCGGCUUCACCAACCACUCCAACUUCGCCCAGUGUUUCUCCGUCUUCCACUGACACCAACUCGUCGCCCUCGAACUCCAGCACCGACGAGGAGCUCACCAGGCUGCGCCGCAAGCUUCACAGAUUAAGGCGCGAGGUUCGCCGGGAAAGGCGUCGUCUGAAUCGCCAAGGACGCCGUGGCAGGCGACAGGGCCAACGCAGGACCCGUCAACGCCUAGGAAGAUUCUAAGCACCCAAGACCAUCAAAAUACUUCCACGAAAGCAAUGUCACAGUAAUUUGGCCUCUAAUAAAAGCUCUAAUAAAAUGCAACAACAAAAA